GGCAGCGGCUGCUGCUAAAAGCCUUGCUUGGCUCCUUCUUCUCCUGGGCACUUGGGUCGUGCCGGCUGCUGCCUAGAGGCACCUCCAGCUCCCCCGGUUGGAGGAGGAGGAGGGGGAAGCUCUGCCUCGGAGUGAGGGAGGCUCCAGGGGCUAUACCGCUUGCCUUCUCCUGGUGCUUCGGUUGGGGCUUCGCAGACCGGACUGAGCGGCCCCUGCGUGGGAGGGCAGCGGAGAGAGAGAGGGCAAGACUGGCAGCGGCCACUGGUCCCGUCUCAGGAGGAGCUGCAUGCAGCAGGUCUAGGGGAAGUGGAAGCAGCACCGGCAUGUUCCUGGAGUUCACCUCGAGACUAUACCGUCUAUAAAGCUUGCUGAAGACAGACACAUGUGCUGCAAUGGUGACAUAAAUUAUUAAGCAGGACUGGAACAAGUUGUUGAAAAGUUGUGGUUUUUUUUAAUGCUGCUGCUGUUGGAAGCAAUCUAAGGCAAGUAUACAACAUGAGUUUUAUCAUGAAACUUCACAGACAUUUUCAAAGAACAGUUAUCUUGCUUGCCACUUUUUGUAUGGUGAGCAUUGUUAUUUCUGCUUACUAUUUGUAUAAUGGCUACAAACAGGAAAAUGAACUUUCUGAGAUCUCUUCGGAACUGGAAUGUGGUGAUCUUCAGCUGUUGCCAUACAAGUUAAUGGAGCUGAAGACAGUGAAGCCCAUUGAUCCCAUUCGGACUGAUCCCGUAGUGCUGGUGUUUGUGGAAAGCCAGUACUCAACACUCGGUCAAGAUAUAAUAACAAUUCUAGAAUCCAGCAGAUUUCAGUAUCACAUAGAGAUUGCUCCUGGGAAAGGUGAUCUUCCAGUGCUUAUAGACAAAAAUAAAGGCAAAUAUGUUCUCGUUGUAUAUGAAAAUAUUUUAAAGUAUGUGAAUAUGGACUCAUGGAACAAAGGCCUUCUAGAUAAAUACUGUAUUGAAUAUGAUGUGGGUGUCAUUGGAUUCCAUAAGGGCAGCGAGAACAGCUUGCAGAACAUUCAGUUUAAGGGCUUUCCUUUCCAUGUUCAUGGCAAUCUGGGUGUUAAGGACUGUUGUGUUAACCCUCAUUCCCCAUUGCUUCAUGUAACUAAAUCCUCUAAGCUUGAUAAAGGUCCCUUGCCUGGAAAUGACUGGACAGUUUUCCAGAUUAAUCAUUCAGCCUAUCAACCAGUGAUAUUUGCAAAAAUAAAGACUACAGAAAACCUCCUACUACCCAUCACUAAAAAUGCUCUCCAUGCCACAGUAGUUCAUGACCUGGGGCUUCAUGAUGGGAUUCAGAGAGUCCUCUUUGGCAACAACUUGAACUUUUGGCUGCACAAGCUGAUCUUUAUAGAUGCCAUCUCUUUCCUGUCUGGGAAAAAGCUCACAUUGUCCUUGGACAGGUACAUUCUUGUUGACAUAGAUGACAUCUUUGUUGGGAAGGAAGGAACAAGGAUGAAUGUCAAUGAUGUGCAGGCCCUGCUUGAUACGCAAAAUCUUUUGAGAGCUCAGAUUACAAAUUUUACUUUCAAUCUGGGAUUUUCAGGGAAAUUUUACCACACAGGAACUGAAGAGGAGGAUGAAGGUGAUGACCUGUUGGGGUCUGUGGAUGAGUUCUGGUGGUUUCCCCAUAUGUGGAGUCACAUGCAGCCUCAUCUCUUCCAUAAUGAAUCGUCAUUGGUGGAGCAGAUGAUUCUCAACAAAAAGUUUGCCUUAGAACAUGGCAUUCCAACUGACAUGGGCUAUGCGGUAGCUCCGCACCACUCCGGGGUUUACCCUGUACAUGUUCAGCUUUAUGAGGCCUGGAAAAAGGUCUGGAAUAUCAAAAUCACCAGCACAGAAGAGUAUCCACAUCUAAAACCUGCACGGUACAGACGGGGCUUCAUCCACAAAAAUAUCAUGGUCCUUCCUAGGCAAACCUGUGGUCUAUUCACUCAUACAAUUUUCUAUAAGGAGUAUCCUGGAGGCCCAAGAGAACUAGACAAGAGUAUCCAGGGAGGGGAGUUGUUUUUCACAGUUGUUCUUAAUCCAAUCAGCAUCUUCAUGACCCAUUUGUCCAACUAUGGGAAUGAUCGCCUGGGGUUGUAUACCUUUGUGAAUCUAGCCAACUUUGUUCAGAGCUGGACCAACCUGAAACUGCAAACUCUGCCUCCAGUCCAGCUGGCUCACAAGUACUUUGAGCUCUUUCCUGAGCAGAAGGACCCUCUCUGGCAGAAUCCCUGUGAUGACAAGCGGCACAGAGAUAUCUGGUCUAGAGAAAAAACCUGUGAUCGAUUACCAAAAUUCUUGGUUAUAGGACCCCAGAAAACUGGUACCACAGCUUUGUAUUUGUUCCUGAUUAUGCAUCCUUCCAUCAUUAGUAACUCCCCCAGCCCAAAAACCUUUGAGGAGGUACAGUUCUUUAAUAGAAAUAACUACCACAGGGGGAUUGAUUGGUAUAUGGAUUUCUUCCCUGUACCAUCCAAUGUCAGCACUGACUUUCUCUUUGAAAAAAGUGCCAACUACUUCCAUUCUGAGGAAGCUCCCAAACGAGCAGCUUCCCUGAUCCCUAAGGCCAAGAUCAUCACCAUUCUCAUCGACCCAUCAGAUCGGGCAUACUCCUGGUAUCAGCAUCAGCGAUCUCAUGAAGACCUUGCAGCUCUAAAAUUUAGCUUCUAUCAGGUAAUCACAGCUGGACCUCGAGCCCCAUCAGAGCUUAGAGCUCUACAGAAGAGAUGUCUAGUACCUGGAUGGUAUGCCACCCAUAUAGAAAGAUGGCUAACUUAUUUCCCAACUUCUCAGUUGCUAAUUAUUGAUGGACAGCAGCUGAGAAUUGACCCAGCUACCGUGAUGGAUGAAGUGCAGAAGUUUUUGGGUUCUCCUCAUUAUAAUUACUCUGAAGCCCUAACGUUCGAUUCACAUAAAGGUUUCUGGUGUCAACUCCUGGAAGAAGGAAAAACCAAGUGUCUUGGAAAGAGCAAAGGCAGAAAAUACCCUCCUAUGGAUUCAGAGUGUAGGGCUUUUCUGUCAAGCUACUACAGAGAUCACAAUGUGGAACUGUCAAAACUCCUGCACAAAUUGGGACAACCCCUGCCAUCAUGGCUGAGACAGGAACUACAGAAAGUGAGAUAGCAUUGAGAGGAAGCUUCUUGAAAUCUCUCUUCCAUACUUCAGUCAUCUUACCUAAAGCCUUCAAUAGCUACCAGAAGGCAGGUGUAAAAUAUACC